AGAGUCCGCACUUGAGCGCAUUCCUUGACGUGGAGGUCGGUGUACCUCUCCAAGGAUUUGAUGAAGCCCGUUUGUUUAAAAGUUUAAUACGUUCAAAGAAACUUUUUUUUGAGAGAGAGAGAGAGAGCGCACGCACGGAAAGCUACAAGGUCUGGAGUUAUAUCGGUGAACUGCUCCGUUUGGAGAAAGACAGAAGCGCGACUGCGCUCACAAUUUCACUGCUUCGAAGUUCAGGGCUGAGCAUGGAGAAAGAAAGAAUCUACACCAUGAAGGUCUUUCUCACUCCGCUGAUGCCCUUUCUGCUCUUCCUUAUUGUUCCUGAUGGCACCCUGUCCAGUGACUGCCCGAAGGACUGCUCCUGUUCCACGCCAGAAUCCAUCUUGUGUUUCCAGAGACGCUCCUCUACCAUUCCCAAGGGAGUGUCCCAUUCCACAAAAAGCCUCUACCUAUUUUCCAAUGGCAUUGAGGGCUUGACAUCUGAGGACUUUGAUGGUCUGGAGAACCUGGAAAUGCUGGACCUCAGUCAAAACAAAUUGACUGAACUUCCUGAAAGGGUGUUUGAACAUUUGACCUCUUUGAGAAACCUGGACUUGUCAUCCAACCAGAUCACCCACAUUUCAGGGGAAUGCUUCCAGGGUAUGGUACUGCUUGAGCGCCUUUAUCUGUAUAGUAAUCAUAUUAAGACCAUCCACCCUGCAGCUUUUAAUGGCUUGGUGCACCUACUAGAACUGAAACUGCAGGGCAACCAGUUGACAUCCCUGCCUGCACUCUCAAUGCCUCAGCUGCUGCUGCUGGACCUUCGCUUUAAUGUCUUACCCACCUUGGGUCCAUCAGACCUCCAGACCCCAAACCUGGAGUCACUUAAAUUGGGUGGUGUGGGGCUCACCAGCCUGAAUGAGGAACUCAUAGGUAGUCUAAAGAACCUCCACGAACUGGACAUCUCAGAAAACCAACUUGAGUCCUUCCCGUCAGUGUUAAAGGAGACCCAGGGGCUGAUUCACCUUAGCUUGGCUGGGAACCCAAUGGGUCCUCUUAAGGUUCAGGAUCUUCAGAACCUAGGAGAGCUGCAGGAGUUGGAUAUUAGUAGCCUCAGUCUGCAGGGCCUCCCUGAAGAGUUCUCCCAGCUCUUACCCCACCUCAGAAAGCUCACAGUAGCAGAGAACCCCUUCAACUGCCUCUGCACCUUAGCGUGGUUUCCAAGAUGGCUAAGAACACAGAGCAUCACCCUGGAGAGAACAGAGGAGACCCGCUGCCAUUUCCCACCUAUCAAUGCUGGAAAGGUAUUGGAAAGACUGGAACACAGGGAUUUUGGUUGUCCUACCACAACUACAGUCACCACUAGUACUGUCAAAACUACUACUACCCUGCCUGUUCCUGUCACAACGUUUCCAAGUACUACUAGAGCUAUUCCCGUCCCCAGGGCCAGUAACAACCCCACAGAAGAUGACGACUAUCCCCUGCCCCCUGUCCCUGCAUCCCCCAGUAGCAGCAGCAAGGAUCCAGAUGAGGAGCAGCAUUUCUGUCCCUCUCACACCUGUCUGAAUGGAGGUACUUGUCAUUUGGACCAGCAUGGUCAGAUAGAGUGUAGCUGUCCACAUGGCACCUCUGGCAUGUAUUGUGAAGUCCAAAACAAUCCCCCACCUUCACCACCUGAAGCUAAAAUUACCAUGGAAACUAUCACUGUAGACACAUCAGACAUCAGCUCACAUCAAGCAACUGCAACCUCAAUCCUGCUGGACCUCCACCGCUACAUUGAAAUGCGGCCUUACAUCCGUGGAAUCCGCCUAACCUAUCGCAAUCUCUCUGGGCCAGACCGCAGGCCGAUUCAACUCAGCCUCCCAGCAACCUUCCCGGAGUACAGACUUAGAGGCCUGAAGCCAAACUCCACCUACACCGUGUGUGCCAGUCCACUAGGUGCCCCUAGUGGCAUUGACAGUGUCUGCACUGAGGCCCAAACAGCCGCUGAAACUGUCAGGGGCCAUGAUGCACAAUUUGACGAUCAGAGACUGACCACUAUGCUGGUGCCUGCAAUUGCUAUCUUGCUACUGCUGGUACUGAUAGCAAUAGCAGUGGGAGUGGUAUGCUAUCUCCGCAGGAAGAGGGCCAAGGGCCACCUGGACUUAGACUGUGAGCCCUCUCAGUUAGAGUUGGAUGGCGUUAAGGAUGGAUUGGAUAAUGGGGCACUGCCUCAAAAACAGUCCCAAAUUAUGAUCCCUGAACCUGCUGUUCAGACUGGCAAUCUGGAAUAUGAGGUGUUGCUACUACAGGAUCACUGUUCAUCAAAUAACAAUAUGUCUUCACACAAGCCUUCCUACUUUUGACACCUGGCUUUGACAACUCAGCCUUAAAGAAGGAUUUAAAUUCUUCAGCUCAGUUUUCCCCACUGGUGAAAUACAGAGAGCAGCAAAGGAGGACACCGUAUCAGCCAGCCAACCAGCAAAAGAGAAACUGGACAUAUGGUUUACUCAAUGCCCUCCGGUUGUCUAAGUAGACAUUAAACAACUUCAAAAACAUUUGUAUGGACAAAAAGCAUUGAAAGUGCCUCUACUCCAUUUACAUGCUGUAUCCUGCUUUAAUAAUAUUUCCUCAUUCACAUCUUGGACUGGCAAACUAUCAGCUCCCAUGCUAUGAUGUUGAUACUGAUGGUGAGAAGUCAAGGGCUGAAAGCUAGGGUUAAGAGACAGUGACCCUUUGCCCUCCUUAUGUGUUCAUAAAGGAGAGCGCACUGAAAUGGGAUUGUGUUGCGUUUUUCUCCAUCACAACAACCCAACUAAACACUAGCAGCAAUUGUUUUUGCUGCAUGUUGCAACUCCUCAGUACUACCCCAAAGGGAUCAGUGCUUGCUGUGAAUGACCUUUAAGACACCAAAUGAAGUCGUGCAGAGAAAAUAGCUGAUGCUUGUAUUGCUUUAUUUGGCUCUAAAACGCUUGUGACUUUUUUUGUAUGUAUGUUUUUUAUACCUAUGUCUUUAUGUUAUUUUUUUUAACAUUGUGACUGUUAACAGCUCUCUAUACCCUCCACCCCCCACCUCUUGUGACUACCAGACAAAACAGCCGAUUAAAAUCUUUGAAGAUUAAAACUCGUUUGGUACCAGUAAAGUCAAUCAAAGAGAUUUGCCCCCAGAAUGUCAGACAGUCUAAGUAGACGUGAGUCUGGACAGACUAAACCCCCCCUUCACGAUUCUGCCCUCAGCCUGCUUUACCAUCACAAAGGGAGAACGUAAGCAGGAUUACAAUAGGUACAGAGGAAAGCAGUUGACUAAACCCCUUCUGUUUCAGUGCUGCACUGAGUUUCAACCAGUUUAGAGCUUGCCUUAAUUACAGUAAGCACUCACAUGACUAUACCACAGCAAAAGAGAACUUCAGAGGUUUUAUUUAUUAUUUAUAUUCCCUGCAAGGGAAAUUCUGUUUUAUCCCUCAACCACAAUUCACAUAUUACAUACUACUUGGCCUGGCCCACAACAAGAAAAGCAAAUAAUGAUUGUGUAUUGUGUUUCCCUUGAGUAAAAAUAGCCUACUCAAUGUAAUGCUGUGCAUAAUUUCUCCUUGGCAUGGGGAGUCCCAGUUUUGCUCACUUGCAACCAGCCAGACUAUGGAAAGGCCAGAGGCACAGGACAAAAAACUUCAGUGUUUAUAUUGUUGUAUAGAGGACAAUGAGACUUGCAAAGUGGGAGAUACAGACACAGAGUGAUGAGAUCCAAAUCUGUGAAUACAGGGCAAAGAAGGAGUCAGAGUGUGUGUGUGUUUGUGUAUGCGCGUGUGCAUGUAGAUCUGUCAACUUCAGUGCAAGUACAUGUUCUGUCUUGUGCAAAGACCUGCAGACAUCAAGUUACUAUCAGUUACCCCCUCUUUGUGCCUGCAUGCGCAGGAGUACAUUAAGCCCCAAACAACUUUACUUAUAGGCAAACACACCAAAGACACAUCUGUGAAUAUCGGUAAAGUUACUUUCCUACAGUAUUUCCAGCACACAAUUAACAGUUCCAUGUUAACAAAAGGCUUUGACAGCCCACAAAAAAAACAAUCAAGCAAUACAAACUGGAAUAUUUGUCUGUAAAAUAGAAUACAUUGAAGAUAACCAAAAGUAUUUUCAAUGUGAUUGUUAAUUUUUCCCUGUUUAUUUUGGGAACCUUGUUGUCAUUCAUUGUCUUUUUUUUAAUCUGUGAACUUAUUUGUACAAGUGAAAAAGUGAUAUUAUCAUUAAAUGAAUAUCCAA